AUGGACCGUAAACGUGUUAAUGGACCUGAAGCCAGUGUUGCUCCCAUCUUUAAAAAAACAGAGGAGGACGUCAAUGUCUUGGAUGACGAAAAGAAGAGAUUAGAUAACAGAGGUACUGAGGAUCUUCGACCUAUUUUUUUGAAGACUGGUCUCAUCACACAGGCAAGUGGAUCAGCAUAUAUCGAAGUUGGAAACACAAAGGUCACCUGUGCAGUAUAUGGCCCUAGACAGCUGAAGAAAGCAGACUUCUCCAAUCUCUGUAAACUCAAUUGCGAUUUUAAAUUCUCGACAUUCUCUUGCACAAAAAGAAGAGGCCACAUUAGGGAUGCUGAAGAGAAGGAAUUUUCACAAAUCUUGGUGGAAGCUCUCACACCAGCUGUCAGAGUGGAAUUAUUACCAAAAUCAGCAAUUGAUAUCUAUGUCAACGUACUUGAAAAUGAUGGCACAAGCUCAUGUCUUGCUGCUGCUAUUGUAGCAUCCAGCGUGGCACUAGCUGAUGCAGGUAUUGAAAUGCUGGAUCAAGUUACCGCAUGUUCAACAAUCUUCAUGAACGAUCAAGAUAUUCUCAUGGACGGCACUGACGUAGAAGAAACCCACAAGGAAGGAUCAUUAGUUUUAUCGUACAUGCCAUCGUUAAAUGAAGUAACUCAUAUCCUUCAAUCUGGGCGAUCUGAUAGCGCCAUUAGUUCAAAAGCCAUUGAACAGUGCAUUGAUGGUUGCUCCAAAAUCUACAGUGUCAUGUCAAACUCAUUAUUGCAAUCUUUGGAUAGAUCAAAGACUACAGCUUGA